CGUGUUGAUUCUAAAUAAAGUUUGUUGAAGUGAAAUGUUUACUGCGAGCAGGAAGGCAAAAUAGACCGGGAGGAGGAAGAAGGAGAGCUUCGCUGGGAGGGAGGAGCUGGUGUGUGAGCAAGAAGGGAUCAUGGCAUCCAGGGGAUCUGGCACGUCACUGACAAGGAGAAACUACAGUUUGACGUCUGAAUCUGAAAAAAGAAAGGUCACAGGUAUUGUGAAUGAGAAACUACUAAAUCUAUAUCUACAACGGGUAUUUCCUGCCACAGAAGGGACGUCACAUGGUGCUGCAUACAGAAAACCUCUCACUUUUCAAAACCUAGAGGAACACUUGGAAAGACAAGUGUCUGCUGGGGAGACCACAGAAGAUGAUACUGAUCAGGCUGCAAGGGGACGUUUGGGACCUUCCACAGUGGUACUAGAUCAUACCAGUGGUUUUGAAGGAUUGUUGCUGGUGGAUGAUGACCUUUUAGGGGUAAUAGGACACAGUAAUUUUAGUUCCAUACGGGCGACCACCUGCGUGUAUAAAGGAAAGUGGCAUUACGAGGUCCUCAUCUCCUCGCAGGGUCUGAUGCAGAUUGGAUGGUGUACCCUAAGCUGCAGGUUUAACCAAGAGGAAGGUGUUGGGGACACUCCUGACUCUUUUGCUUAUGACGGAAACAGGGUGCGCAAAUGGAAUGUGACUACUACAAAUUAUGGAAAGUCUUGGGCUGCUGGGGACAUUGUCAGCUGUCUCAUAGACCUGGAUGAAGGGACCAUUUCUUUCUGCCUGAAUGGAGUAUCCUUAGGAACAGCUUUUAGCGACAUCUCUCGGGGAUCUGGAAUGGCCUACUUUCCUGCAAUCAGCCUGUCAUUUAAGGAAUCUGUUGCAUUCAACUUUGGAUCUCGUCCCCUUCGUUAUCCUGUAGAAGGGUACCGCCCCCUGCAGGAUCCCCCCACUGCCGACUUGCUGAAAUCCCACAGACUGAUGGGUUAUAUCAAGAAUAUUCUUAGAACUGGAAUAGAUGUUCAGGAAGGAAAGCUAGUGGAUAAGGACCCGAGCACGUGGCAGCUACAAGGGGAACCUACAGUUCUGAUUACAUUGGCUCACAUAUUUAACCAGUUUGCUCCACUCAUGUGCAAAGUGUAUCUUGUGGAGGAUGUGCUAAUGAACUUCCUUUUGGGUAUCCUUGAAGAAGGUGGAUCAGUGGAGGAACAUCCCCUCAUCCAGCACCUCCUAGAUCUUAUGUGGUUGCUUAUGGAGGACUAUGAAAUUCACGAGUGCCUCAAACAGUUUAUGAUGUCACUUCUUCGAGCUUAUCGCUUCUCUCCAAUAGUGCCUGAUUUGGGAUUGCAGAUUCACUACUUGCGUCUAACCAUCGCCAUACUUCGACAUGAAAAGUCUCGCAAGUAUUUGCUAAGCAAUGUUCUAUUUGAUGUCCUUCGUUCUGUUGUGUUCUUCUUUAUUAAGUGCCCCUUGAGAGUGGAGGAGGCUGGGCUGCAAGAGCUUAUCCCAACCACAUGGUGGCCCAACCGAUUUAACAAAGAGGGGAAAGAAAUCCGUGAUCCAACAGAAGAAAGUGGAGAAGAACGACUUAGGAGGAGAGCAUAUGAACGAGGUUGCAUGAGGUUGAAAAAACGUAUUGAAGUGGUGGAAGAACUGCAGGUGCAUAUUUUGAGACUGCUGCUGAACAACAAAGACAAGGGAGGGGGUGAAGCUUCCCGGUACAUUUUUCUGAACAAGUUCAGAAAGUUCUUACAAGAAAAUGCUAGCAACAGAGGGAACCCCACAGUACUUUGUCCUCCUGAGUACAUGGUCUGCUUUCUGCAUCGCUUGAUCUGUGCUGUGAGGUCAUGUUGUGAGGAGUACAAGAUAAAGAACCCAGUAGCCUGCUCCAGUGAUGAAGGCUAUGUCCCCCCACAGCUCUUCUACAAUGGGAAGGUAGACUAUUUUGACCUACAAAGGCUUGGGGGGCUACUCUCACACCUGAGGAAGACACUAAAAGAUGAACUAGCAUCUAAGGCCAAUAUUGUGAUAGAUCCCUCGGAGUUGCAGGCCGCUACAAUGGAUGAUCUAGAAGAGGAAGAUGAAUCUGCCAAUACAACUGCGCAGAGGUCCAGUGCUGCUCUGGCCAUUGGGGGAGCCCUUGCUAGACCGAGCUGGCUCAGCUCCCCAACCCUUGGGAGAGCAAACCGUUUCCUGAGCACAGCUGCUGUGAGCCUGAUGAACCCACGCCGUCCCUUGGGAGCUUUGGAUAAAGUCAAGGUGCGCAGUCUUAGUGUGGAUCAACGCACAGAGGAUGACAUUGAAGGCCAACAUGGAAAUGAUGGGCUUUUACUUGGUAGACCACCAGAGGAAUCCGAUGCUGUAAUCACAGAAAAUUCAUUGCUGGAGAUCCUAGAUGGGGCAGUUAUGAUGUAUAACUUGAGUGUACAUCAGCAGCUUGGAAAGAUGGUUGGAGUUUCAGAUGAUGUGAAUGAGUAUGCUCUGGCUCUAAAGGAUACAGAGGAAAAGAUUAAACACUGUCCAAAGAGGAGAGCAGAUAUCAUGGAUGAGUUGGUGAAGAGCCAGCGUGUAUUCUCUGAGAAGUUAAAUCACCUGAGCAGGCGUCUGGCCUGGAUCAAUGUCACAAUCUAUUCCAAGGAGAAAAUGCAAGACGUAUACUGGCUUCUUCAGGUGUGUCUACGCAGUAUUGAACAUGCUGACCGUACUGGAUCCCUUUUUGCAUUCAUGCCGGAAUUUUACCUGAAUGUGGCAAUGAACAGCUAUAAUGCUCUCAAGAAUUACUUUAGCUCAGUAAGCAGUAUGGAGGAGCUCCCAGGCUACGAAGAAACGCUAACACGUUUGGCCACCAUCCUGGCCAAGCACUUUGCAGAUUCAAGAAUUGUGGGAACUGAUAUUAAGGACUCGCUUAUGCAGGCUCUUGCAAGCUAUGUCUGUUACCCCCACUCUCUGCGUGCGGUGGAGAGGAUCUCAGAAGAGCAGCAGAUUAGUAUGAUGAAGAAUCUGCUGGCUCCAUAUGAACAAAGGCCGUGGGCUCAAACCAACUGGAUCCUCGUGAGGCUAUGGAGGGGCUGUGGCUUUGGUUACAGAUACACACGACUUCCACACUUGCUGAAAACUAAACCUGAGGAUGUCAACCUGCCCAGUUUGCAGAAGCCAUGUCCGUCCACUCUCUUGCAAAACCACAUGGCAGAACUUCUACGAGGAGACCCCGAACUGGCAUCAAGCUUUCUAAACAGUGUUCUGAAUCAGCUAAACUGGGCCUUCUCUGAAUUCAUUGGUAUGAUCCAAGAGAUACAGCAAGCUGCUGAACGGCUGGAGAGGAACUUUGUGGAUAGCCGGCAACUUAAAGUUUGUGCCACCUGCUUUGACUUGUCUGUCAGCCUCCUGCGGGUUUUGGAAAUGACAGUCACCCUUGUACCUGACAUCUUUCUGGACUGGAGUCGAUCCGCAUCUGAGCUGCUUCUAAGGCGUUUGGCUCAGCUUCUGAAUCAGGUGCUAAAUCGUGUGACAGCUGAGAGAAACCUAUUUGACAGAGUGGUUAAUCUUCGGCUUCCAGGACUAGAGAGCGUGGAUCACUAUCCAAUUCUGGUGGCUGUGACUGGUAUCUUAGUUCGACUGCUUGUUGAUAAUAGCUCCCAAGGGAUCCAACGAGCCACAGCUGUCCUAUUGGCAGAUCCAUGUUUUCAGCUUCGCUCCAUUCAGUACCUCUUGGGUCAAACCGAACAGUCCAUCUUGGGGACCGGGCCCCCUUCAGCUGAUAAAAAGCAUUUUUCCUUGCAGGCCUACACGGAUUAUAUCACUGCAGAUGAACUUGGCAAAGUGAACAAGAUGCUGGCCCACCUGAGUGAGGAGUCCAAGCAGGCAGCAGCCGCUACUCAGCCAACAAGUGAGGAGGAUCUGUGUCCCAUCUGCUAUGCGCACCCCAUCUCUGCUGUGUUCAAGCCAUGCGCCCACAAGUCGUGCAAGGCCUGUAUUAACCAGCACCUCAUGAACAACAAAGACUGCUUCUUCUGCAAGGCCACCAUCACUGGAGUAGAUGACUAUGAAAAACCAACUGCCAUCUAACACCUCCCUCUGCAGUACAGCCGGGUGCCCACCUCAUCCCACCAAGAUGCUGACUCCCCCUUACGAUGGGUUUAAAGGGGAACUAUUGUGCAAAAUAUUUGAUUGUGUUGUCCCAGAGAUCUGGUUCAGCAGCCUCAUUUAUUUUGGAGCAUUGGUUCCAUUUUAAAUAUGUUUACAGCUUUAUUUUUAAAUGCUAUGUACGUGUGCUGAUUUUACACUCCCUGUUGGACUGUGCAGGUGACUCUGCUGGCUGACUGUCAGUUAUGCUGACGGCAAGGGGUGGGUGGUGGCUGUGUUAUCUGUAUUUGCACUGAUGCUGAUGCGCUGUUAUAAAAAGUAGCCACAACUACAGACAAAAAAACUCACCAGCAAUUGUACAAGUUAUGCUUGUUCACCUCCAAGGUUUGUGUGUCAGUACUAGAGAGAGCUGCACUUGAUCCACAUUGUGACACAGUCUGUCCUAUCACUGGAUUGGACUUUAUUCAGAUGCAUUUUUAUGUGUCUCCCAUUGGUUCUACACACUGACACAGAACCGAGUAUUAAAUUAUUUAUCCUGCCA